AUGGAAGAUAAACCAUCCUCCUCGUCUUCCAAACCCGGUCAAAAUCUGAAGGAUGCCAUCCCCGGGGACAGAAAUGCGACAGACAUGGCAUGGGAACAGGUUAUUCGAUGGGAAGCAAUGCAUGGAGGUGGACUCAAGUGUGGUGGAAUCCGCCUUGUGUCGUUUGCAAAGUUCAAGAAAAACAGAAGUCCCAGCGCCAUGUGGGCAGUAUUCAUGGGCCACAAACCGCCCUACGAAAGGCAGGACUGGAUCAUUGAUAGAUGUGGUCACGUUAACCGCUACAUUAUCGACUUUUACCGACGUCCAAGAGAUCCUAAAGACCCUAAUUCGCCAGAGGACAAGCUAGUUGUCUACGCUCGUCCGUCAGUCCGGGAUUGGGAUGGAGCAAAGCUUCGCAUGAGACGAGGGUGGAGAAGACUGGUUGCAAAACUAACUUUUGGGCGUUAUGGAUUCACAGAUUACUAG